AUGUCCGCUAUUCAGAACCUCCACUCUUUCAACCCCUUUGCUGGUGCAAGUAAGGGUGAUGACCUGCUUCCUGCUGGCACUGAGGAUUAUAUCCAUAUAAGAAUUCAACAGAGAAACGGCAGGAAGACCCUUACCACUGUCCAAGGGAUCGCUGAUGAUUACGAUAAAAAGAAACUAGUGAAGGCGUUUAAGAAGAAAUUUGCCUGCAAUGGUACUGUAAUUGAGCAUCCAGAAUAUGGAGAAGUAAUUCAGCUACAGGGUGACCAGCGCAAGAACAUGUGCCAGUUCCUAAUAGAGAUUGGACUGGCUAAGGACGAUCAGCUGAAGGUUCAUGGGUUUUAAGUGCUUGUGACUCUGAAGCUUAAGUGAGGAUUUCUUGCAAUGAGUAGAAUUUCCCUCCUGUCCCUUGUCGCAAGUUUAAAAACCUCACAGCUUGUAUAAUGUAACCAUUUGGGGUCCGCUUUUAACUUGGACUAGUGUAACUCCUUCAUGCAAUAAACUGAA